AGGUGAUGAAGCAGAUUCCUCUGGGCGACCUCCGCCCCGACGAGACGGUGCGAGCCACGCAGGAAGCCCAGCUGCUGUCUCAGCUGCACCACCCGGCCAUCCUGGCCUUCUACCACAGCUUCCUGGAGCUGGACGCCUUCUGCAUCGUCACCGAGUUCUGCCAGGACCGGGAUCUGGACUGUAAGCUGGAGGAGCUGAGACGAGGGGGGCGGAGCCUCCCUGAAACGCAGGUCGUUGAUUGGCUAGUCCAGCUGCUGCUCGGCCUUCACUACAUGCACGACAGGCGGAUCCUCCACCGAGACCUGAAGGCCAAGAACAUCUUCCUGAAACGGAACCUCGUUAAAAUCGGUGAUUUUGGAGUUUCCUGCCUGCUGAUGGGGUCAUGUGACCUGGCCACCACCUUCACAGGGACGCCGUACUACAUGAGCCCCGAGGUGCUGAACCACCAGGGAUACGACUCCAAGUCUGACAUCUG